AUGGCCCCAAUGGUGAUGGGUCAAAUGGGAUGGGAGUCGUCGUUAUCAGCCUUUCGCAUAGACGGAAGCGAACAGAUCGACGUCGUCUGCAUGGUGGCUGUCUGUCCAGAUGACGACUGUCCCCAGCUGACCUGCCCAUCGAACAAGGAUCGAACAGCCCGUUCAUUGGAAAAGAAGCAUCCCGUCCGGCUGACCUGCCCGUCGAACAAGGAUCGAACAGCACGCUCACUGGAGAAGAAGCAUCCCGUCCGGGUGGAUCGUCGUCUUAUUGUCAAAGCAAGGACCUCAGACAGCUUCGAGAAAGAUGAUCGAGCAUUUUCUGAGCUUUGCCUACAACCGAGUACCUACCUCUCUGCUCUUCUUCUACUGGCAUUGUCUUUGAUGGGUUUGGCUGUCUGCGUCUGUGUUGGAGUCAAGCGACGAACUAACUCAGUAGAGGAUCUCCUUUCAAUUUCACAGUAA